CAGACCCUGAAAGCCGAGCAGGACGAGCUCACCCUGCUCCUGGAUCUUAUGAGGUCCUCGAGGAACGAGGACCUGAGCCAUAAAAACUACCUGGAGCUGCGCUUCCUGCUGCAGACCAAGGAGGACUACGAGGCCUUGAUCAGGUCCACGAAGACUCUGUUGGCCGAGCUGGACGGGAAGAUUGCUCAGAUGGAAAAGAAAGUCGCCAACCAGAAGCAGAUCUUUGUGAAAAUCCAGGAGGCCAGUAACCCCCAAAAGCUGCAGAAGCAGAUCCACAUUCUAGAAACCCGCUUGAAUCUCGUCACUGUGCACUUUGACAAGAUGCUGACCAACAACGCCAAGCUCCGGAAGGAGAUUGAAGACCUGCAGUUUGAGAAGGCUGCUUAUGACCACGUCUACCAGCAGCUUCGUGGGCGCCUGCUGAUGCAGAAGAAAACCAUGAACGUGGCCAUUGAGCAGUCUUCUCAGGCUUAUGAGCAGAGGUCGGAGGCCAUGGCUCAAAUGGCUGCCAUGAAGGACCGCCAGCAGAAAGACAUCUCACAGUAUAACCUGGAAAUCAGAGAGCUGGAGCGUCUCUAUGCCCACGAGACCAAGCUGAAGUCUUUCCUGCUCGUCAAACUGAAUGACCGCACUGAGUUCGAGGAUCAGGCCAGAAAGGAAAAAGAUCUCAAGGUCAUGAAGCGCAGCAGGAAGAGCAAGGGGGAGAGUUUCGAGAGCUACGAGGUGGCCUAUCUCCGGCUGCUGAAACUGGCUGAGGGCAGGAACCUGAACCAGCUCAUUGAGGACUUUCUGGCCAAGGAGGAGAAGAACUUUGCUCGCUUCACGUACGUGAUGGAGCUCAACAACGACAUGGAGACCAUGCACAAGCGGACCCAGAAGAUCCAGAACGAGAUCGUCCUCUUGCGAUCCCAGCAGAAGACGUCCCAGGAUGCCAGCCGCUCGGUCCUGAGGGAGCUGGAGGAGAAGCUGAAGAAAGUCAAGGAGGAGGCGGAUGCCUAUGCGAACACGCAUGCAGAGGUCAGCAGGACCCUGGAGCUCCUCGCGGACGCGGUGGAGAAGUUGUUUAUGAAGGCCGGCUGCGAUGCCACCAGCAUCCUGGGGCAGCUGGGGCAGACGGGCAAGGUCACCAGCACCAACCUCCUGCAGUAUUUUGCCGUCAUCGAAAAGAAGGCCAACGACCUGCUGCUGCUGGAGUCCCACCGGCGAGUCCUGGAGGCCAGAGUGGUCGAGGGCGAGGCCUCGAGCUUUGUCAGCCCUUUCUGGGGCGGCUCCGCCCUGGUCAAGCCCCCCGAGCCCAUCAGGACCAUCGCCCCGGUGCUGGGGGCCGACCCCCUCAGCGACAAGCUGGAUGACGUGGACCAGCCCCUGGACCACGACAGCCUCCGGCAGCUGGUGCUGGACAACCACGCCCUGCGUGAGGCCCGCAGCAAGGACUGGCGCGCCUACAGCCUGCCCGAGCAGCUGGACGAGCUGCGGACCAAGAAGAAGUCCCUGCGGGUGGACGUGACCGCGUCCUGA